CUCCUCCUUGUGCUCAUCUCAUAUCCUCACAUCACACUCUCUCUUCUUCUUCUGGUCAGCAUCACCAAUUCUGAAAAUCACAAAGUCCAUCAUGGGUUUGAUCUCUUCUCCAUCAGUCGACGAAUCUCACUACCACACCCACAAGAUCUUCCUCUUCGCCAACUACAUCCUCCUCGGCACCGCCUCGAGCUGCAUCUUCCUCACGCUCUCCCUCCGCCUGAUCCCCUCCGUCUGCGGCUUCCUCCUCAUCCUCCUCCACGCCACCACCAUCGCCGCCGCCAUCUCCGGCUGCACCGCCGCUUCUUGCGGGAAGAACCGGUGGUACGCCGCUCACAUGGUGGCCACCGUGCUCACGGCUAUAUUCCAAGGGUCCGUCUCCGUUCUCAUCUUCACCAACACGGCUAACUUCCUCGGGAGUCUCAGGUCGUAUGUCCGCGAGGAUGAUGCUGCUGUGAUUUUGAAACUCUGUGGUGGGCUCUGUGUUGCGAUCUUUUGUCUUGAGUGGGUAGUUCUCGUGUUGGGUUUCUUCUUGAAGUAUUUUGGUUAUGUCGAUGGUGGUGAUAGUAAUAUGAAGAGAACCGGUAAGGUACAGAGCGAGGAGAAUCUUAAGGAAUGGCCAUUGUCGUUUCAAGUUUGAGCUUAGUUGUCUUUUCUUUUUUGUAUUGUGUGAGAUUUGUUGAGAUCUAUAUCAAUAUCAAAUGUUGGUUUUUGAUUUGUGUUCUGUCGGUGGUAUUGUGAUUUGUUCAUUUGUUGAUCUAUUUGUUAUUCUUGUCAGUGAUUUACUACAUAUAUAUAAUAUGUUUCCUAUGGAUUUA